CGAUGGGUGGAAGAGAAACCGAUGAUUAUUGAAAAGUCCAAAGAGAGAGCUGAGAGGAAAUAGACACACAACAAAAUAGCUUAUCUUCUACUUUGUUUUAAACAAGUGUUCAAAGUGUUUUUCUUCCGUGUUAUCUUCUUAGACGAUAAGGGCAGUAGAGAUGGCGGGGCAGCAUUACUGCCUGCGCUGGAACAAUUACCAAUCCAACAUGACCUCAGUGUUUCACCAUCUACUGCGCACUGAGGCCUUCGUAGAUGUGACACUUGCUUGUAACAACGACUCCCUGAAAGCUCACAAGGUGGUUUUGUCAGCCUGUUCAUCCUACUUCCAAAAGAUACUACUAGACAACCCCUCACAGCAUCCAACCAUCAUAAUGCCUGCGGAUGUGUGUUUCACGGAUCUCAAGUUUAUCAUCGAGUUUGUUUACCGAGGAGAGAUUGAUGUUUCCCAAGCGGAACUUCAGUCACUCCUGAAGACAGCUGACCAACUGAAGAUCAAGGGACUGUGUGAGGUUCCGGAAGGAACAGACACCAAAGACAUGCCAGGAGCUGAAGUGACCCCUCUACCUCCCCGUCCAGCGUCCCCCCCGCAGUUACCCCCGUCUACCAUCUCUGCGGCGGCGCGAGCUCACAAGUUCCGCAGACUCACUGUGCAGGCCAAGCGCAGACUGGACACCAAGCGACGACUUUACCGAGAGAACCCACAGCAGAAACAACAGGUGGAGGAGCUGCCUCAGGUCCACCAAACGCAGACGAUACAUCAACCGCAGCAGCAAAUGCUGCAGAACCACCAGAGCCAUCAACUUCAACACCAAACGCAGCAAAACCUCCACCAAAACCAACAGACUAAUCACAACGUACACCACCAGCAGAACAUCCAUCAGCAAACGUUGCAUCAGCAAAACAUACAUCAAACACAGCAAAACAUGCACCAAACGCAGCAAAACAUGCAUCAAACGCAGCAAAGCAUUCACCAAACACAGAACACGCAGACACAAGUGCAUCAGAUGAACACUCAUCAGCAGAACGUUCAUAUAGUGCAACAGCAAACGCUUCAUCAAACGCAGCAAAGUAUGCAUCAGACAACUCAACAGCAUUUGCAAACGCAGCAUAUGACACAGAAUCAUACCCACCAGGAGUCUGCGCAGCAAACGCAGAUGAUACAGGCUGUGGUCACCACGGUACACGACCCGUCAAAUCAGCAUAAUCAGAUAUCAUCAGAAAGUUUGGCCAACUGUAUAACAGUUGCCACGAGCACAGACGAUGAUCUCAAGAAUGUUUCUGGGGUGGUAAUCCUGGAGAGCCGAGUAGGGGGUCACGGGGGGCAUCUGCCCCCCCACCACACGGACGCUAUCAUGAUGACAAGCCCCCCUCCUAUCAUGUCCACACACGCUCUCCCCUCCACGCAGCAAGUACUCUUGGAGUCGUCAGGUCUUAGUGUUCACUCUGAUGUGGACUCACUCACAGCUGAUGUAGGCACUCAGAACACUUCCCCCACCUCUUCAUCACUGCUAGCUUCUCCUCAGCAUCAUCAGGAGAUGACAGUCCUGACGCCUGUAGAGGGCCGAGUGACCGUGGACACAAGUCCUCUCUCGCAAGGUCACGAUGGGGAAGACGUUAAGGUCAAGUUUGAGACACUGCGCGCCAUGGAGCAGACAGACGCUCUGGAUAUGGAUGCCCACAUGAGUGCAGCCGAGAGGAAGCAGGAGAACGGAGAGGAGAGUGUGGAGCAUACGAUGCACACGAUGAUGAUCACCCCAGAGCUGCUAGGACUGAUGCCUUCCAACACCCCGGGGCACCAGGCUGAAGUGAGUGAUUGUCCGAAGAGAGACGCGACCACCUCCAAGACGUGGACACAGGAGGACAUGGAUGCUGCGUUGGAGGCUCUACGUAACCACACUAUGAGCCUCACCAAGGCCUCCAUCACGUUCGGCAUUCCGUCCACCACACUGUGGCAGCGAGCGCAUCGCCUCGGCAUCGACACGCCCAAGAAGGACGGCCCGGCUAAGAGUUGGACCGAGGACGUGCUCAAUGUCGCACUCGAGGCGUUGCGUAACGGAUCCAUCUCCGCCAACAAAGCCAGUAAAGCUUAUGGAAUUCCGAGCAGCACGCUGUACAAGAUUGCACGGAGGGAAGGUAUCAGACUGGCAGCUCCGUUCAACGCUGCCCCCACCACCUGGACACCCGAGCACCUGGAGCGAGCGCUGGAGGCGAUACGCAGCGGUCAGACGACAGUGCAACGGGCUGCCGCAGACUUUGGCAUCCCCAGCGGCACGCUGUACGGGCGUUGCAAGCGGGAAGGCAUUGAACUGAGCAGGAGCAACCCAACACCUUGGAGUGAAGAUGCAAUGACUGAGGCGCUUGAGGCUGUUAGGUUGGGUCAGAUGAGUAUCAAUCAAGCAGCUAUCCACUACAACCUACCUUACUCGUCUCUGUACGGCCGCUUCAAACGAGUCAAGUACGAGGCGGAUCACCCGUCGGCUGGAGAGAAUGAGGAACUUCCACUCGUAACUCAUCACAGUUUACCAGGUCAGAUCAUGCUGGUACAGUACCAGCAGCCGACACUCUACCAGCACACUCCUAGCUGAGUAUACUUCACUGCUUCGGCCUCUACAAGUCCAUCGUAAGCCACUCAUCAAUGGAAGCGACGUCUCCGGAGAAAUCCUUUGGCGAGUAGAAAUGUCUUCCUUUGUCAAAGCGAAAGGCUCUUUGAGAAAUUCUUUGGUUACUAGAACUACCUAUGUUCAAGAAAUUCUUUGGAAAUGAGAAAUGUUGUCCUUGGUCAAAAUUACUUAGUGGGAAACUACGUAAUUUCCUCCAAAAAUUGUUUAGCUAGAAGAAAUGUCUUCCUUUGUUCAUAAAAUAGUUCGAUAGUUGGAAGCUGUGUGCUCUCCCUUCAAAAAAUCCUUUAACAAGUUUCAAGAGUUCAAAAUUAAAUUUAUGAACUUAUUAAAACUUAUAAAUAUUUUUUAAUUGUAUGAAAUAAAUUAAUUUGUAAUGAUUUGUGUUUUUAAAAUCAAUUUAAAUGCUGUACAUUUUAGAGAAUAGAUAUUUUUAAUUUAUUAUUAAGUGCAUUUAUUAUUGUGCACAAUAUUUUAAGAAGUUUACAUAUUUUAACUGUAAACAGUAUUUUAAAUUAUACAUUAAUAACUGUAAUGGUUUACCAACAAAAAUAUAUACCGUGACCUUGUGUGUCCGAAGCUUCUAACAUAAAGUAAUGUUUGUUUACGUUCAAUGGCCAAUUUACAUCAGAACUAAUUGUGAUAAAAAUUUACUGGGUAAUUUUACAUUUACUUGAUUAGUGCGUUCCUUAUAUUGUUCCUUAUGACCUGAUUAAAGACAAACUACCUAUCCCAAAUGUGUACAAAUUUUGUAAUUUUAAUCAUAGACUAGGUUUUGCUAUAAGAUAGUGACAUAGGUGGUUUUAAAAACAAAUAAACCUUAGAUUAAUAGUAGAUUAGAUACUAUUCAAAGGUUUGUUUUAUACUUAGAUGGUUAAAAUGAAAAAAAAAACAAAUAUUUUCUCUGGAGAAAAUAUAUUAGAAAUACAUUUUUAUUUCAUCUAGUACUUUGGCAAUAUUCAUAAUUAAGUGCAGUGUUCUUUUAAAAUCUUUAAGAAAAAAAAACACUUAAGGAGGACAGAAUUUUGUUGUCACUGGAAUGGUAUGAUUUUCGAUUGAGUAAUACAGUAUCUUGAGCUUAACUGAUUCAAACUAUCAAUAGCUCAAAUUAAAACUUAUAAUUUAAUUUACUCAUUAUUUUGAGUCGAAACAUAUAAAAAAAUAUGAACGAUAUGGGAGCUAUAGAUUUUCAAUCAUAGAAAAACCUUAUGAAAAAUAAUUGUUAUGUUGGUUGUUCACCUUGCGUUUGCUUGAAACUCAUCCAAUUUGAAUAACUAAUAGCUUAAAUGAAAGUGGACAUUUUACUGAAGGUUCUUAGACCAAAAUAUUAAGGAUUAUAUAAUAAUAAUUGGUGAAAUACAUCUUAAAUUGAAGUAAGAAUUCAAAAAUGAAUAAACUUAUGUUUUUUUGGUCAAGUUUGGUUGAUGCUUGAUGCGAAGUCUUUGCGUGCAUGCCUUCAAUUUGAGACCUUAAUAAUGAAAAUCGGCAUGGUAGAAGAGCCAAAUGAACUCGGGAAAGAAAAACCAAAUUUAACUCCCAUAAGAAAUACAUAGGAAGCAAAUUUGUUUUUACAUAUAAGCCGAGUAAGAUUAUAGAUGAAUAUAUGCCGAGAUGCUUGAUGGCAAAUCUGCUCUUACAUACCUUCAAUUUGAGACCUCAAUCAUGAAAAUCGGUCGGGUAGAAGAACCAAACGAGCUCGGAAAAGAGAAACCAAAUUUUAAUCCCAUAAGAAAUACAUGGGGAGAUUAUUUUGUGUAGAUAUAAGCCGAGUGGGACCAUAGAUGAAUAUAUGUCAAUGCUUCAGAUGCUUGAUGGCAAAUCUGUGCGUGCAUACCUUCAAUUUGAGACCUCAAUCAUGAAAAUGGGUAGGGUAGAAGAGCCAAACGAACUCGGAAAAGAGAAACCAAAUUUUAAUCCCAUAAGAAAUACAUGGGGAGCAAAUAAUGUUUACAUAUAAGCCGGUGGGAUUAUAGAUAAAUAUAUGCGGAUGCUUGAUGUCAAAUCUGUGCGUGCAUACCUUCAAUUUGAGACCUCAAUCUUGAAAAUCAGUCGGUUAGAAGAGCCAAACGAACUCGGAAAGGAGAAACCAAAUUUAACUCCCAUAAGAAAUACAUGAGGAGCAAAUUUCGUUUAUGUAUAAGCCGAUUGGGAUUAUAGAUAAAUAUAUACCGAUGCAUGAUGGCAAAUCUGUGCGUGCAUACCUUCAAUUUGAGACCUCAAUCAUGAAAAUCUGUCAGGUAGCAGAGCCAAACAAACUCGGAAAAGAAAAAAAAUAUUUUAAUAUAUAAAAUAGCCUGUUCUCAAACUUUCCCGUGAAAUAACCGUACUGCUAACCCACUGGCCCUAAGUAGUACCACAGAAAACAUACUACUAUAACCCAGAAUGCCAACCGCAUGGUAUCAACCCGUUCGGCCGACAGUGGCUCGGUAAUGUUGGCUAAGGCGUUGUACUGACGAGUGUAGCAUUGAGGUCUUUUACAUGAGCAGGUUCGAAUCCAGUACAUGUGCAAUCCGUAUUGAAUUUGCUAUUGUGUGGCUUAGCUGGAGUGGAGGGCAGACUAAACGGUGUCCAAAGUGUAAUAAUUAUUGCACACAAAACUUUUUUUACAUUGUUUCUUUUUACAUUGGUUUGGAUGGGGACUUGGGCUAAAAAUUUAAACAUUGUUGGGAAAUAUAUGAUAAAAGGACAAAACCUAAAAAAAUAUUAAUAGAGAAAUUAAAAAUUGGGUGUCAAAGGGUCAAGUGUUUUUUGCGGUUUGCAAUGUAUUUUUUGGUUUUUAUAACCGACUUUUUUAAACAAUCUCUACUUGUGAACUGUAGCUAAUUCUCUGGAAUUUUAACCAACAAAUAUAGGACUUCAAACAGUUAUUCUAAAAUGAGAGAAAAUGUAGUUUAACAUCAGCGGAUUCAGAUAAAAACAAAUUUUACAAUUUAUAUCCAGAUGGUUCUAAAAACUCUAUUUACCAAUUUCUUUCUGGCUGUUUUCUAUAACGGUGCUACAUAAUUAAUUUUGAUUUUGAUAUAUCUUGAAAUCCAAACUAGAUAAAACUUCCUCAUCUCAACAUUCCUACUGGCACUAUAAACUAAUACUCAAUUUUUACUAUUUAAGUAAAUUAGACAAUAUUCAAGAAUUUUAUAUUCAUUUUUGUGAAGUUACCUUUUCAUAUCUAGCUUGUAGCAGUAGGUCUUGAGUAUCAAAGUUGUGUUGUAUGGUGCUAUUUUGAUCCCCCCCCCCUCUUCAUAUUGUGUAUAUUCAACUAUUCAGUUUAUUUGUAAUUUUCUGGACAACGAGUAUGUAAUGUGUAUACAUAUUAUGUGUAAAAUGGUGUCCAUUUUUAGUAAAAUUAUACAUUGUUAAAGAUGUUACAAAGCAAAAUUGGCCUAUUAAUUUUUAAUUGGCUCAAUCUGAACUUUUUAUUUUGGUCGUUGGCUGUGAUGUUUAAAAUAUGUACAUGUAUGUAUACGUUUACUUUAUUUUUCCUGAAAGCAAUUAAGAAAGUUCAAUUUGUAUAGUGAGAGGUGGUAUCGUUAAGCUUUUACUGUACUUUUGCCAAAUAAUAGCAAAAAUGUAAAAAAAUAAUCCUUUUAUCUGAUGUAGAACCUUGAUAAGAAGACCCUCGAUAACAAGUCACCCUUGUUAAAAAGUGUAAUUUUCAAAUGCUCUUGAAUUUAUUUUACGCCUAAUCAGAUGUUAUUAAAAACUUCAAUAAGAAAGAAGUCAACCUUGAUAGCAAGUCUAAUUUAAUAAUCCCCAUGAGAGUCUUGUUAUCAAGGUUCUACUGUAUUAUUGAUAGCUCAAUGAAAAUUUGUAUUUAUAGCAAGAAUUGAUCCUGCUCAAAUUUGGACCUCUGAAAUCUGUAUUAAACUAUCCAAUAACUCACUUAAUUUUUUUGAAAUUGAUGAAAUAUUUGUUAAAACUUCCGGAUAUUAAAUACUUUUUUACAAACCAAAGAUAUUUUUAUAAAUGAAAAAGCUUAAAUAUCAUCUACGACUAUUUUCUUACACUUUUCAAUACGGUAAGUUAUGUUAGGUUAGGUACCUAUGUGUUAUUAUUUGUUGAUAUAAGUUGUAAAAUAUUCUAUAUAAAAAUAUUGUUUUAUAUUGCAUAUAAUUUUUUAAAUAUUUUGUAAAUCUGUAAAUAUGUAA